AUGUCAAAUAGUCAUCAUGGAAAAAGUAAUGUUGAAAAAGAGCUUGGAGACGAAGAGUUAGACCCAUUUGAAAAAGUUGAUGAAAUUCGUGAAGAAUCAAAUGAGGGCUAUGAUUCUUUUAUGGUUAUUUCACCUGAAAGAUUGGCAACUAUUAUAUUAUUCUUUUACGUAGUCUGCCUUCAUCAGAAAAGAGUAUCCUCGGUGAAUAUCUCCAAGAAAUUUACGAUGACAAACAUCACUGAUUGUACUGAAGAUACUUAUUUGUUUGUUAAUGAAAUACAAGUUAUCUAUGGCAAACAUGAAGUAACACCCAUAGAAAUUAUACAUACUCUUGGUUUGGAUGCCCUACUUUUAACAAAAUACGAGUUCAAUGUACUUGUAGCAAACUUUAUCCAGAGAUAUUCAUCUCGGAGUUACUUCAACAUUCCUGAGGGUGUUAAGAAUCUCAUCUUUAAUCUUACUGGUGGACACCCUGGUCUGUGUCGAUUUAUUUUAACACUAUUACGCAUUAAAUUUCGUGAAGGUAUACAAAAUAAAUCAUCAGCAGUUAUUUUACAGUACCUUGCUUCGCCACAAUUACGAAAUGGUAUAACAUCUAGCUCAUGUGCUUUUUACUGGAUUAAUAACUGGAAUCCAAGCCAUGACGAAGCUGAAUUUGUUCGUCUUAUGUUACUUAAAAGUCAUUGUGAAACUCCAUCUAUUAUUGAUUAUGAUUCAAACCCUGUUGCCAAGAAAUUUCUUAAACAUCCUACUACUACCUUUGAAGAAUUUUUAGAGAAGUCUAUUCAUCGUAUGAGCCCAUCUAAAUUAUCUGAAUCAUUUGGAAGAGGUGAUAAAUGUAAUUCACUAUAUGAGAGAAGCUGGCAGAUGGAAUGGUAUUGCGCUUUUACAAUUGUAGUCCCUGCUAAUGAAUCAAUAAGCGCUGAUGUUGGUCCUUUAUUCAGUUCCACUGGUUUCCUUGAUUUUUAUGUUAAUGGAGAUUGUUGCUGGAGAAUUGAGCUUAUUCGCGAAGGUAGGCAUUUGAAGGAACAUGCAAAACGAUUCGAAAAUGGUGGUAUAUAUGACAAAAUUCCAUUGAAACAUUGGGUUAUAAUUGACUUUCGACACCAUUCAAAAAGUGUACGUGAAAAAAAACCAAAUUUCUGGUAUGCACUUUAUGAUGACAAUUAUAAACAAAUUACUAUUAUACGUGAAAGACAUAAUGAUAAAGUUAUUAUCUUGUACGGUGAUGAAUAA